AUGGCGGAGGAUGAGACGGAGCUUUGCACCGUGGAGACGGCGCUGAUUAAAAACGCGAAAAAAGCCGGCAGGCCGCCGAACACGUUCGAGCGUCUGAUCCAGCCCUGCCUCGCCGAGCUGGUGGGGACCGCGCUCUUCGUGUUCAUCGGUUGCGUCUCGGUCAUUGAGAACGUGGAGGCGACCGGGAGGAUGCAGCCGGCGCUGGUGCAUGGUCUUGCCGUGGCGGUGUUGGUGGCGUGCAUGGCAGAGAUCAGUGGCUCCCACUUCAAUCCACCAUUCACUAUUGCCAUCUUCCUGUGUGGAGGUGUGGAGCUCGGCAUGGUGGCCCCGUACAUUAUCAGUCAGCUGAUUGGAGGGGUAGUCGGAGCUGCCAUGUCAAAGAUGAUGACGGUGGAGGAGAACUAUGCCAAAGCCACGGGAGCUGCCUUCACCAUCCUGCAGUCAGAGGAGCAGCUGCCACGGGCCAUUUUUGCUGAGGCGGCCAUGACGUGCCUGGUCACUGUGGUGGUGCUGAUGGGCGCUUUGAAUGGCAAGACCAAGAGCCCCAUGGUGCCCUUCCUGGUGGGAAGCGCCAUCAUCAUCAACGUUCUGGCUGGAGCCGACAUUUCCGGGACAUGUCUGAACCCCGCCCGAGCGAUGGGACCAGCAGUGAUGACCAGCUACUGGACAUACCACUGGGUGUACUGGGCCGGCCCCAUAGCAGGCAGUUUGGUGGCUGUAGUUUUUGUCAGACUCGUGCUUGGAGAUGAAAAGACCCGUCUUAUCCUGAAGUGA